GACUACUACGGACUGCUGGGCUUACCUGCAUACACCUCAGACAAGAAGGAGAUUAAAGCGGCCCACAGGAGAACCGUCAAACUGGUUCAUCCGGAUAUCCUCGGCGCCGCCUCUGGCGACCUGCAGGUCAUUGUGAAUGCUGCAUAUCGCACUCUCAGCGAUGAUGCGACACGAGAAAGUUACGACACGACGCUUCGGCGGAGCAAACUUGCGGGGAUCGCCAUGAGCCAGUGGAACAAGAAAGGGAAAGUAGGCCUUUUCGUUGACGAGACCGUCUGCUCCAGCUGUCUCAAAUGCGCAACGCAAUGCCCUGGCACUUUCGAAGUGGACCCCUUGACACGGAAGCCCCAUGUGUACCUACAGUACGGCAGCGACCAGACCGAUCUGGACAUCGCAGUGUACGGUUGCCCAGAGCAGGCGAUCUCCUGGGUUCCACGCAAGCUCAUUCCCCUGCUGGAAUAUUGCAUGGGGAAGAGCAGGUCACUUCAGGGACGUCUCAGCCCAUUCCAGCUGCUUGCAGCAGCCCACUGCCGGGUAGUGGUCCUCACGAACCCACAGGAGCUAGGGGAAUUGCCCCCGGAUGCGGCGCUGCGGGAGGAGUACUCGGACGUGUUGUCCGUUCUCAAGGAAAACUUCCGCGCUGCUCGAGACCAACUACUAGAUAAGUACCUCUCCUGCGAUGAAGAGGCCAAGAAAGAGGCCGCGGACAUCAUUUCGAAGAACGGCAGGCCGUCUGCUCAAGUGGGCGACGAUGAAGAAAGAGGAGUCUUCGUGGAUGAAACCGCAUGCUCUCGAUGCUACAAAUGCGUCGAGGUGGCCUCAUCCACCUUUGCUGUGCACAGGAGCCCGGAGCGUGGCGAGAAGGCGCAUGCGGUGGUGCAGGAUGCCGACGCCACGGAGAUCCUGGAAGCAGCGGUGCGAGCAUGUCCCUCGCGGGCAAUCUCCUUCGUGAAGAAGGAGGACGUGCCGCUGCUGGAUCUGGCGAUGCGCGAGUCUGCAACGCUGGCGCACACUUCGGGCGUACUGCGUGGGCCCUGGGAGAUCUUCCAGGAAUACGUCGUGGAGGACAUCGUCAGGAUGGACCUUGAACUGCGCGACUUCACCCCGGCGAAGACCAUGAGGGAUGCCGAGUCAGUGGCCGAAAUCGCUGACAUUGCGGGUGAGAUUUCUACAUCUGCAAGCGCAAUUCCGGAGGGCGUCCGCGCGCGACUCUGGAAAGGCAUCGGCGGCGAUGAGUCCGCUGUGAAGGAGCUCGAGGCAAUGGCACAGGGCAGCGGCGAAGCAUCAUCGCUGUCGCGGAACACCCUGAAGGCCGACCUCUUCAAGUUCCUG